AUGGCAAGAAACAACACCACUGUUAAUCUACCAACGAUUUCCGAAUUGAACAAAUUACCGUAUGAAGAAUUUGUCUCUUCAUUAAAUAUUCUAUUUGAAUCAGCGCCACCUUUAGCUAAACAUUUAUAUUAUUCAUCAAGACCUUUCACAUCAUACAAAUCAUUGAUAACAAUUGCCAAAGAAUAUAUCAAUUCAAAGCUUCAAGAAUUGAAUUCACAGUAUGAAAAUAAGUUUGGUUUUAAAUUUGUGAUAUUUGUUAAUGGAAGGAGUAGAAAAGAAUUGAUACCAAUAAUUGAAGAAAAAAUCCAGAAUGGUGAUAAAGAUGAAGAGUUGAAUAGAGGGCUAAUUGAUAUGAUGGAUAUUGCAAUGGAUAGAUUAAAAAAAUUAAAUUGUGAAUAA